GAAAUUCGCACUUAAAUGGUUGAAAGCUUCAGUUGGCCAUGAGCAGCAUGGAGUGCUCUUGAAUGCCCCAAUUAUUGCUUUGGCAUGCUUUGAAUGUUCUUCUGCUGGAGGCUGACAGAAGCCAUUCCCAAGUAAAGGGGGGCUGCCGUGGCGAGACCACCGCGUCAGGUCGACAACUGUGUAAACUUGUCUUGCGGUGUCCUCUUGAAAGAUCUGUCCGACCAUCCACUUGUGUGGCAGGCAAGAGGAGCUGUCUCGGUGGGUGGACGAGCCGACCGGGAGGGAGUCGUGCCUCCUUCUCACGAAGUGCUGAAAGCUAAUAAAGCUAUUUUGAAAGUGACCCUGCAGUGGGGAAGAGGACAGAGCCAAGCGAACAGCUGUCAGGAAUCAUGACUGAAAAUGACGGAGUCGGUGGUUGUGGAGGGACACGUCAGGUUGAGAGACGGAAAAAAAUGGAAGAGUAGGUGGGUCGCAUUAAGGAAGCCCUCCCCCGUAGCAGACUGCCUUUUGAUGCUUAUUUACAAAGACAAGUCAGAUAAAGCUAAAGGACACAAAGAAAGGAGCAGCGUAACGUUAGAAGACAUCUGUGGCCUGGAUCCUGGACUCUCAUAUGAAGGUGUUAGUCACACUCUGGCUAUUAUAUGUUUAACUCAGACAGUGAUGCUCGGAUUUGAAAGCAAGGAAGCAAUGUAUGCUUGGGACUUACGAAUUCGCUAUAGCCUUGGUGAAGUUCAUAGAUUUAAUGUAGCCGUGUUACCUGGUACAAAAUUGGAGAAUGGACCUGCAGUGCUACAUUUAUGUAACAAUCUUCUGGUCAUUGUGAGAGACAUUCCACCAGGAAUUAUUGGACAGUGGAAGCUUUCAGAUCUCAGGCGUUAUGGAGCAGUCCCUAAUGGCUUUGUCUUUGAGGGAGGCACACGAUGUGGCUAUUGGGCUGGUGUUUUCUUUCUCUCCUGUGCUGAAGGGGAACAGAUCAGUUUUCUGUUUGACUGUAUAGUUCGUGGCAUUUCCCCAACGAGAGGCCCCCUUGGACUACGGCCAGUCCUACCAGAUCCCAAUAUUAAUCCAGCGUACAUGGAAGAUAGGAUUACACAUGAAGCUCUGGAACUUGAAAAGCGUCUCAGCUUGCUAUCCCAUUCAAGUAGGCAGAGCAGUGCUGGAGAUGACAGAAGUUUGUCCAGUUCAUCAUCCGACACAAGCCACUCAGAUACCAGCAUUGGUAGCAGAUUGACAAUCUGGCCUGAACCUGCAAUAGGCAGUACCACUUCAGUGGAAACUCAUGGACUUGCCACAGUUAAAAGCAUGAAUACUGCAGAGGAAAAAUUAUAUGCUGAAGUUCUACGUGGAUCUAAGCCACCACCAAAGCCCCCACGUUCCAGGAAACUGCAGGAAAUUGGCCGUCAGAGUUCUUCAGAUAGUGGAAUUGCUACUGGAAGUCAUUCUUCUUAUUCUGGAAGUUUCUCUUCCUAUACUGGCAGCCUUGACAUCUGCCCUGGUGAGGAAUAUGGAUCAUUACUUAGCCUGCCACUGAACCUUGCUUCAGAUCAGAGUUUGUGCAGUUGCCAACCCUCUGAGCCUCAGAGGGGUUUAGGAUCUGAGUAUCAAAUUCCCAGUAUUUGCAGGAAUUUGUAUGACACACCUCGGAGUUUACUACAUACACCUUCUGCCAGGGAAGUGCUUUGCAAGAACUUGGAUUCUAAUUUAGUAAAGGACCAGUCCUCCACCACAGUUCUUCAUGGUAUGGCUGACACAAAAAUAACAACAUCCCACCAAAGUCCUGACAGAAGACUGACAGCAUCUUCUAGCCAUAAAACGUCCAGAGACUCAGAUGAAACAUACGUAGAUUUUGUUCCAAGGUGGACAGCUGCAAAGCCACAGGGACAGGUGCUAGAAUGUGAAAGUGGUGAAACAGCAGCAUCUACUAGUGCUUCAGCAGACCCCUGUGAAAUAUGCAGUCCACAGCCAGGAAUAUCAAGAGCUUUGUUUUCUUCCUGUGCCGUCUGUGGAGGACUAAAGGGAACAACACUGUCACAUUCUGGAGUCUUACCUGCACCAACUUUAUCUGAUAAGAAAACCAGAAAAAAGGAAGAUAAAACUAAGACAGAUCUGACCUAUGAAGUUAUGGAAGGGCGGGGGACAGAUAGGCCGAGUGAGAAGGAGGGCUAUGAACUAAUGGCUGCCUGUGGUCAACAGAAAACUGGUCAUGCAGCAGAAGAUCCACGAAGAACCUAUGAGCUGAUGAUCUCUGCAGCUGAAAUUCCAAAGACAUGUGAAAUAGGCUCAUCUGCUGAACAUGCAGGUAUAUUUACGUACCCAAUGGACCUGCUGAUACCAGAAAAGCCUCGUGGUGACGGAAUUACCUACGUCAAUAUUCCUGUCAGCCCUGCGUCAAAGAAGCAGCUUCAUUAUAUGGAAUUAGAACUUCAGGAAUCUGGUUCUGGUGUUAGAGGUGGCGGCACCACUAAAUAUGCUCAUAUAGACAUUACUGCAACAGAAACAGCUCAUAAAGUUGGAACACAGCAUGCUCAGUUUAGAGAAGAACGUCUGCAAGAACUUGAACAGAAAAAGCGAGGGGCAUUGCAGUGAACUAAUUGUGGAAGAGCUUCUCCUUGAACAGGACUUUACCAGACAUCAGGCAUUUGCCAUAUUGUCUUCAUUAAAAUUUAGAAUCUUAGACAAAGGCUUUGUAGUUACAGUAAUCCUAGUUUAUGACUGUUCCAUUCCAACAAUUUUAUAGAACAGUUUUCAACAUAUGGACUGAUGAAACAAAAUUGUAACAAAUAGACUAAAAGAAAUAUUGGUCAAUGUCUGCUCUAGAAAUGCUGUUGUGCAAACUUAUAUGCAGUGAUAACUUCAACAGCUUUUUGAUAACAAAUUGUAAAUUAUGUUUACAAACAAUAAGUUACAUCUUUCAUAAAUAGCCAUGUGGACAAUUUACAUUUUAUACCUCCUGUCAUUACCAGUCUUACUAAAAUGGGACAUUUCUACAACUGUACUCAGUACUGUAUAAGUAGGCGUUUGUUGUUUAAAAAUACAGAAGACUGGAAUGGAUGCAGGAAUAUAUUUACUACUCCCUUUAUUUUAAUGAAGUCCUAAGUUAGCUAGUCAUACAAAAGCCUGCCUACUCUGGCAUCACUCAAAACAUGUUUAUAUACAAUCUGAUCAUAGUGCUUUACAUGUAUAGCAUUCUUUCACAGAAAUGUAUACUUUAGGAAGGUCUGUCCUAAACUGAUUAACUAACAAGCACGGAAUUGCAAGAUAUGGCCAUUGUGGAACUACAAUGUUACUGCAUCUCAUCCGACCCCUUUUGCCAGUAUAAUAGAGUACAUACCACUGUAAAAAGAAUCAUGCAACCAAUUUAAUAAAAAUAAUGAAACAUUUAUGUAAAAAGUAACUUAUGCUUUUAAAAUCAAAAAUUUGCAGAGUAAAAAUAUUUUCUCAGUUAUGAGUCUAUCCACGAUGAACAAAGAUUAAUGCAAAGGAAGACUUUCAAGAAAUAGAAAGUAUUUCAAUCAUUUCUCAUUGAGUGUGUUUACAUGCGCUUUAAUUGCCCAGUUUUUCACAGAAACUGGUUUUGAAAAAGCCAUGUACACCCUUAUUCUGGUUAGAGAAAUCAGUAUAUUGGCCCUUGAGAAACCGGGUUAACACGCAUAGAUUUCUCCACGACUAACCCUUGUGUGGCCAUGUAAACCCCUUAACCAGGUUACAGUGAAGGACUUUGUAAGCUUUGCAAACUGUCUCAGCAGCCGUUGGUCGAAAACGGCAGAGUCAUCUACAAAAAAAAAUUCCUGAGGCAAAUUCUCAGGCGAUUGUAUUAUUCCUUCCCCCUGCUAAAAUAAUCUGUUUCAGUAUUUCAGAAAUCAAUCAAUUUACAUUGAUGAGUGGAAUGUACAGUGCUAAACUCAGCAGCACAAUCUCGGGAGACACCGGCUCUGUGCUUGUUAUCAAAUUCAUGGUGGAUGUUGGUAAAGUUUCAACAUUUUUACCCAGUUUAAUGAUGUUGGAGUGUUUUGCCAAGAGAGAACUCUGUAAGUUAAUUUUUUUUUUUUUUUAAAGAAACUGGGUUUCUGCCUUAAUCCCAGUUACUCACCUUAUCUGGUCUUGUGGGUGCAUGUAAACGCACUCAUUGGCUAAAUGUUUGUCAUUAGCUGGAUAUAUCGUUGGCAGCUUUAACUAAAUUAAACUGUUGUUUGACCUUCUGUAUGCUCGAGUUCAACUUCAUUGAUGGAAUUUAUGUGGACAGUUUGUGUUCUGCUAAAUUUAUAUUAUAGUGUGUACACACAAACACAGACACAUAUCUCAGUACACAGAGUUUCCCAGUCAUAAUUUACUGUAAAAGGCAUCUUUUUCUCUUGAAACUCCUGGGUUUUAACAAAAUUUUGUUGAAUUUUAGUUUUGUGUACCAUAGUAUAUUUUAUGCAUAAAAAGAUUUUGUUUUAAAAGAAGAAUAAAAUAUAUGCCAAAUACUAACAUAUAUAAUAGAAAGGUAAAUGAGCUGACUAAAAGUGUUUUUUUGUUGAAUAAAAGGAAUUAUUUUUCUACAGAAAUGUUCUGGUGAAAUAUAACACUUUUCUAUGUUUUAUUUACUGUUACCAAUUGGUAGAAACUUCUUGUUUGUUCCAAAGUAAAAUAAUAAACUCUACAUCUAAUGUAAUUGUUAUGAAGUGUUUCACUGUUUAUAAUAAUGUAGAUAUUUGUAGCAGCACACUUGAAAUCUGCGCAUUAUAAUGUGCUAUUACAGUAGUUUUUAUAUGUUCUGCAUGGCAGGCUCAGAGCUAGUUAACAUGCACUGGUCCUCAACCAAGAAAAGUACCAGGGCAGCAUUAACUUCUUUUACUUCAGAUUUUAGCAUUUCUUGAAUUAAAAGAUAUUACUGUAUAAAAUAUUCAAUUGUACUUAGUAAAUGAAUUAUGCAGUAUGUAAGUGUUUUGUACGGUUUUAUAUAAAUGCUGCUGUUUCCCCUCAUAGAACAUUUUCUUGACUGAUACAGCAUCUCAUCAUCAGCCAAACCAGGCUAUGUGAGUAUUGAAUAAACAGAUUUUAAAUUUUUUUUCUGUCUAAUAUAAGCAAUCAACUAAUGAUAAACAUCACCUUAGAAGCUGAAGAAUUUAGAAUGUUAUUCUGUUUAAGCUGAAUAUGGAGUUUUCAUUAAACAAAAAUAAACACUCAC